UUUAUGAGGGGUGCAUCUGCAGAUCUCAGGUCUGUCCCAAUAUUUCCCUAGAGAGCUACAGAUCUGCAGAAUUUAGUGACGAAUAUUUCAAUUGUUGCUUUCCGACGGGUUCCAUCGCUGGUGUCCAGAAAGCUCAUUGGAAGAACACCUGACUAUUGUAGAGAUUCAGGGGAACCGGCUUCGAAUCCCAGUCUGACUAUUGCAGAUGGGAAAAACAAAGAAACAGAAGAAUAACAAAGAUGCUGUUGUCAAAAGAGUGAAGCAGUCAAACACAUUUAAACCUCACAGAAAGAAAGCCAAACCACAGAAAAAAGGAAAGGGCAUCAGUGGGGCCCUGCUAGAAAAUGUGUUAGGUAGGCAAGAACAGUACUUUGGUAAGAGAAAAAAAAAAGCUGUGAAACGUCAACAGAAUUUAAAAUCCUCAAAAGUGCACAGCAAGAGAGGACAAAGUGCGUUUACUGUGUUGAAACAGAGUGCAUCCAAGAAGACAUUUCAGAAUUGUGAAUCUGUUAGUGAGAAGGAAACUGAAGACAGUGGACAGAGAGGCUUACCUAGGAAGAAGCGGAGAACAGAUCAUAGUGGAGAAAGAGCUGGUGUAGGACAGAGUUCCGUGCGAGUGGCUUCAGAAGAAGGUGGGCGAGAGACGCCUAGUGUAACAGCUCAAGUCCAGAAAACAAAAAACAUUACUGAAAGACGAGUCUCAAAAAGGAAGAGAUGGAUGAAAAAACAGACUUAUAAAGCUCUUGAUGCCAACAAAAAUACUGGUGAAACUCUUAAUAGCAACAAAAAGACUGGUGAAACUCUUAAUAGCAACAAAAAGACUGGUAAAACUUCUAAAGGAAACACAAAGACUGGUAAACUUCCUAAAGGCAACAUAAAGACUGGUGAACUUCUUAACUUACAUGUAACACUGGAUAAGGGAAAUAAAAAGAACAAAAAAGAAGAAAAAAAGAAGAAAAAGACCCAGGUUAACCAGACAAAGGAAACGGAAGAAACAAAGAGAAAAACUUCAAAAGAUACAUGUACUACUGAUGGUCAUUUCAAGAAUAAAGGAAAGAAAAAGAAAAUGGCUGAAAAAGAAAGUGUUAGUGUCUGCAGUACUAGUGAAAAAAAUGACCCACAAAGUGUAGCUUCAUCCAUAGGGAGCAAGAUCUCAUCUCCUCAGGCCGUGCAGCUGGACGAACAGGUCGAUAGGAAGGAGCCCCCAGAGGUGAUUGAUUUGGUAGACUCGGAUUCUGAGAUGUCAGACAGUCAUUUCUCUGUUAUAGAUCUCACUCUCAAUGAUACUGAAAGUGAGGCUGUGAUCUUUGAACCUAGUCCAGAUCAGGGAGGGGAAUCGAUGUCAGAGGUCAAGGAAGCUACAACACAGGAAAAAGUAUUGGGUGAUUUGGAAUCUCAGACUGUGGAGGAGGAUGUUACAGAUAAACCUGUAGAAGGAGGGAUGGGAAAGGAAUCGAUGGAGUCAGAUAAAACUGCAGAGGAAGAGGUGGGACGACAGUCGAUGGUGUCAGAUUUAGGAAGAGAGAAAGAACAGAGACCUCGAGCCUUGGCAGCCUUUGACGGACAAGUACUCUUAGUUUUGCGUAACCCAGGUGAAUACUGUUUUCUGGGGAGGUGCUUCUUAAAAUGUCUCCAUGGAAACGCUGAGGUGUUAGGGUACCAGGUAACGGACCUGUUUCAGGCUUUCUACUCCCCAGCUUGCAGUAGUCUUCUGACAAUAACAACUAAAGAGAACCAAAUUACAGAGAAUGAAAAAAGCACAGAGACAGACUCCCACACAAAAACAUCUUCAAAGAAAUCUAAGUCCAGCAAAAAGCAAACAGAGGUUUUAACAGAACAGGAAACCGUGGAUAAACUGUAUUCUGAUUGGCUGUUGAUAGUCGCUGACAAGGAGAAAUUGCCCAGGGAGAAUGUGACGUUGCUAUUGGUCAGGAGGAUGGAGUCCAAUGUGUGUGAUUACAUCUCCACGUUUAAGGCAUUUCAGAAACUCUGGGACAGCCCUGUUGCCCUCCAGCAGACGACAGAUGUGAACUCUGAUGACCUCAAGCUGACCUCUGUAGGAAUGACAUUUAUCUCAGAAACUGAGAUGGUGUCAAGGCAACAUGUCUCAUAUCAACAGUUAAAGCUGAUUCAGAAAUGGGAUGACAUUCUAAAUUCAGAUUUGGAGCCAAUAGUGAUAGUUGUUGGUGGAAAGAACUCUGGGAAAUCAACACUGAACAGAUACCUGGUUAACCACACAUUGAACAAACUACCAAAGCUAUGUUUCUUGGAAUGUGACAUUGGACAGACAGAGUUCACUCCCCCUGGCUGUGUUAGUUUGCAGAUUGUUGACACUCCAAUAUUAGGGCCACCAUUCACUCAUCAGAAAGUGUCCAAAUAUUGUUACUAUUAUGGAGGGCUGAGUGGCGCAGACAACCCUAACCUCUACAUGGAGUGUGUCAGAAAAUGUCUUCAAGAUUACAGAAAGCUGGUGGAGACCAGCCAAACACAGCUCCCUCUGGUGGUCAACACCAUGGGGUGGGUCGAAGAUCUUGGCCUGGAGAUUUUGAUAAGUCUGAUAAGGAUGACUUUGCCCAGUCUAUUAGUCCAGAUCAACUUCAGGAAUGUGAAGAUGAAUGCUGAGCCUCUAACCCCACAGUUCAUUAACUGCAGAGAAGGGUGGGUGGGGCACUCUAGGUACUACAGAAGUAAUGACAUGGUUAAUUUGCUGGGAAAAACGAAACAUACACAUGUCAACCUGGUGUCAACGACCAAUAUCGUAAGGUGUCCAUGCCGCUGGAAGCCGUUUGAGUUUCGAGACCUGGCAGUGAUCAGCUACAUGAGUUCCAUUUUGAGUAAGGACUCAAGUCUGAGUCUGGAGACGCCGUACGGCGUGAGCUGGAAUGAAGUGGCCAUCAACAUCUGUAGCAAAGGGGUACCAAAGGGAGAAUGGAUCGCAGCUAUCAAUGCAACUGUAGUGGGUCUGGCUCAUGCUGAUCUGUCCCAGGCAAGAAGACACAGCAAUGAUGAGCCAUAUAUUUUGGAUUCGACACCUGUGUGCCCUUGCAUUGGAUUUGGCAUGGUUCGAGCGAUUGACGUCGUGAAGAAGGUCAUCUAUAUCACCACCCCACUGAGUCUUGUGGACCUGGCCAGUGUCAACACAAUCAUCCGGGGAUCCAGUAAUAUUCCACAGCAGAUAUUCACAGAGCAGAUCUCCAGGGAGACUCGAGAGAUACCUUAUGUGACUAGAAUUACUUCAACUACGGCAUCCAAAAAUGUGCACCAGAGAAAGUACAUUCCAUCGAAGUCAAGAAAGAAAGUGCAGGAAGCUAACGUCUAGGAUUAGUGUCUGCCGGACGCUGAGAGGUGGCUUACUACGGUAUCAUUCAGUGUGUGGAAACAAGGGGAGGAAACUGCUGCAGCAGUUGAAUGUUCCUGUAAACAUGCAGAGGAAUUUCCUGAAGUGCUGUUGAUUUGCAUUGUACAUAUUAUGGUUUUUAUGGCUGUUGUUACCUGUGAGGAGAGGUUUUGAAUCAAUUGAUUCAAUUAAGUUUCAAUGUUUUGUAAUUAAUUAUGAUAAAAGUUGCAAUAAUUUUGCAGGAUAAAAAAGCCUACUUUGAGAAAA